AUGUCGGAUGCCGAAGUAGAAAUCCCGACAACUUUCAAAAAACGUAAAUUGAAAAACAGAGGCGGGCGAAAACGAAAAACUUCAAGCUCAGAAGAGAAAAAUGGCUCGGAUUCAGACGAACACACUGUAGUGUUGCCUUCGAAAAGACCCCAGAAGAUAAACCCAAAUAUUCAAAAAACUGGUGAGAAAAAACAGAAAGUUGUUAUUGAAAAAAGUGAUAGUAGCGAGGACGAUAAGCCAAAAACAACAACAUUGUCAGUAGUACAACAAAGAGAAAAUGCCACAGCAACAUAUGAACUUGAUACAGAGAGAGAUAAAGAUGCUCAAGCAAUAUUUGAAAAGGCACAAAAGAUAAAUGAGGAGUUGGAAGGACAGGCCGAUGACAAGCUAUACCGUGGUAUAAAUAAUUAUGCCCAAUACUACAAAAAGCGAGAUACAGCAGCGGGUAAUGCUAGUUCGGGUUUUGUGAGGAAAGGUCCAAUACGAGCACCUGCUAACUUAAGAGCUACAGUUAGGUGGGACUAUCAACCUGAUAUAUGUAAAGAUUAUAAAGAGACGGGAUUUUGUGGUUUUGGAGAUUCCUGUAAAUUCCUCCACGACAGAUCUGAUUAUAAACACGGUUGGCAACUGGAGAGAGAGGAUCUGGAGACGAAAGAAGAUUCGGACUAUGAGAUACACAGUGAUGAGGAACUGCCGUUUAAGUGUUUCAUUUGUAGGGAAAGCUUUAAGGACCCAGUCGUUACUAGAUGUAAACAUUAUUUUUGCGAAAAGUGCGCGUUGCAACAAUACAAGAAGUCCCAAAGGUGUUUUAUAUGUAACGCCCAAACUGGGGGAGUUUUUAAUCCAGCGAAGGAAAUAGCAGAGAAGAUGAAGAAUAUUGAUGAUGAUGAAGAUGAUGAUUGA